CGAUUUUCUUGUUCUUCCCAGUUUUAAGUUUUCGUUUGUCUAGUCUCAGUCUGACGUUUAUCAAACAGUAGAGUACCUACUUUAUAUUUCUUUAGUUCCAGCAGAAGAUCAACAACACAGCUAGUUAUAAGUUUGUAUUAUUUAUUGUUAUGUUGAUUUCAGAAACGCGUAAAUCAUGCAGAGCGUAAUCAACACUGUGAAAGGGACUGCUCUGGGAGUUGCAGAAUAUUUGACACCUGUUUUGAAGGAAUCAAAGUUCCGAGAGACAGGAGUGAUCACGCCCGAGGAGUUUGUAGCGGCAGGAGAUCACUUGGUACAUCACUGUCCCACGUGGCAGUGGGCGAGCGGAGACGAGGCUAAGACAAAGCCAUAUCUGCCCAAGAACAAACAAUUCCUAAUCACUAGGAAUGUGCCGUGCACCCGACGAUGCAAACAGAUGGAGUACUGUGAUGAACAGGAACGUCUCAUUGAGACAGAGGAUGCGGAUGGAGGUUGGGUGGAUACUCACGGCAUGGACCCUACAUCGUCCGGUCUCGACGACAAAGUCUCCGAGAUGACCAUUGAAGAUGUCACCGAUUCACCACUCAAGAGGCCCAAUGCAGUGGAGAACGACGAUGAAGAUGAUGACGACGAAGAAGCAAUAGAUAUGGAAAAAUUUGAGGAAAGUGGCAUGUUGGAAAUGCAAGACGAAGCAACAUACGAUGUUCGCAAGGAAAAACUGAAAAACAGAGAUUGCGAAGACGGAGAAAUAGUGAGAACUAGAACGUACGACCUUCACAUAACCUAUGACAAGUACUACCAGACGCCUCGGUUGUGGCUCUUCGGCUACGACGAGAACCGCAAGCCACUGAAGGUAGAGCAGAUGUACGAGGACGUCAGUCAAGACUAUGCCAAGAAAACAGUAACUAUGGAGUCUCACCCCCACCUGCCUGGACCUCCCAUGGCCUCUGUACAUCCCUGCAGACAUGCUGAAGUGAUGAAGAAAAUAAUCCAGACAGUGUUGGAAGGAGGAGGUGAACUGGGCGUUCACAUGUAUCUCAUUAUUUUCCUCAAGUUUGUUCAAUCAGUUAUACCCACCAUUGAUUAUGACCACACUAAGAAUUUUACCAUGUGAUCUAUCAAACUUUUGGUAUUUUUAUAUGCUGAAGCACUAUGUGUGCAUUCCAUUAGUCUAAGAAUCAAAGUAACCAAUACUCUUUAAUUCUAGCUUUACCUUUUGUUAUCUUGCGUAAAAACGCUUUUAAGUAAACUGUAUGUAAACAUUUUUUAAAGAAUUUUCAGUUUGCAUCAGCAGGUAAUUCUGUAGUAGGGAAUUCUGCUUAUUUAUUUGAGUUGUAAUUGUACUUAAAAGAGUGGUACACAUCGAACAAGACUUUGUAAUUGCUGUCAGUAUACAGGGUGUUCAAUAAAGGUCGGGACAUUGUGUUUGUGGCGAUUCCUUGGGUCAAAAUAAGCAAAAAGGUUUAUGUAAACAUAUGUCCUAUCUUGUUUCUUUUAAGGUCUGUCUGUCUAUGUUUUUUUUUACAAAAAUACAUCCUUUUAAGGGUUUAAGCUAAAGCGUUGAGAUAGAUACUAAAAGAAAGGAGAACACCAUUUGUAUUAUUUUGACCCAAGGAGUCACUAGCAUACAUAAAUUAUGUCCCACCCUAUAUUCUGUUACAUUACUAUUGUAUGAACUGAUUAAAUGUUUGCAUAUUUAUUACUAUCAAUUUUAGCUCAGUUAAUCGAUUGACUUCUUUAAGAGCUGUGAAAAAGGUGUACACAAACGUCACAGACCAAUGUAAAAGAACUAAUUGUGUCUUGUGUGUGCCGCCAUAGACAAAAAGAAUUAAAUAUAGACCGUCAGCUGUGCUGCGGUUACCAUAGGUUCUGAUGCACACCGCUGGGAGCGCCAUGUAGUUAUGGUGUACACGCUAUGUAACUACACGGCACUCCCAGCGGUAUGCGCCAGAACCUAUGGUAACCAAUUUAUUAUAUUAAUAUCAUUUGACAGAGUAAGUUAUUCACUUAAAGGGAUUUCUUAUUAGUCCACACAACCAAGACCAAAUAGAGAAAAAGUUCAUGUUGUUAAAGGGCCCUUUCCCUACAUCUGUACCAAAUUUGGCUUAUACAUGAGUUUUGUCCUCUAUUUGGUCUUUUUGCCUGGACUACAUGAUCUUAAAAUAUCAGAAUUUGAUUAAACAAUGAGACAUUUCCUGCUUAAAGCUCUAAUAUCCACAUCAUCUACCCACCAGAAUUAGACUGCUUGAUAAAUAGCCAACGUUUAGUUUAUUUAUUUUUAUCAAAUAUAUUCAGUAUUUUGUAACUUUUUUUAAUAUUAUUUUACUAUCUUUUAUCUUACAAUAUUAGUAAUUAUUAUUUUAUUUCAAAUAUUGCACUAGCGUUUUAAUGAUAAUAAUUAUCUACGUCAUUAUUAUUAGUAUAUACAAAUACAACAUUAAAAUAGUCAUACAGUCUUUCAAUAAUAGUUAAAAUCAAUGCUAUUUUUUAUUAUUUGCUUGACAAUACAUAUUCAAUAAUAUAAUUGCUUGCAACACUUUUUUGGCAUAAAAGCGAUUUAUGCCUUUGCAAAUUGUUACAUAUUGCGAGAUUGAAAAUUCAGUAAUGAAAUAAGGGAAAUGUUGGUAUUGAUAUUUACAGUGUAGUUUAAUUAUUUGUGAGACUUAGUGUUGUUUUUAAGAUUUUUCUGAAUGAAUAUAUAUUUACAAUUUUCUCAUUUUGCUUAGGUAUUGAUUGUAGGCCUAACGCAAACUAAGAAGUUUUUAUUUGUCACAGAAAUUUGACAACAAUUCUAGUAAAUUAAAAAAGUGUGUGCAGUUGGAUCUAUUACAUCGUUUUACAAAGUACUUAUGCUGUAGAUUCAACACUAACAUUGAUUUAGCCACAUUUGGUGGAAAUAAAAAACCCAUCCAAAUAUUGUAUCUGCAUGAAAUUGGGAAUCUUAUAAUGAGUUAUUUUAUUGUUGGUAAACUUAACUAAGUUUCCAGAAAGGAUGUUGACAGAUUAAUCAAAUGUAUCAAUUAUUGAGGUGUCUUAAAUGUUGAGUCUUGUGUGUUAUCAGUUUGAUUUUCAUGUUUUUAAUAGUGAAUGGCAUUUAACAAAUUAUUGCAGACAUUUUCAAUCAAAAUAAGUAAAAUAGUAUAUUAUAAUUGAAGUAGAGACUGUGAAAUGAUUUAGAAUAGAAGAAAUCCCCCUAAGGAUUUAAAUAAUUAACUUUUCGCUACACUACUGUGAAAUAACCUGUUUUUGUUACAUGUUUAACACCUGCGAAAAUGCAUAAUUACAUUGUUUACUACGGCAAAAGAAUGUUUACUAUCUUUUUUUGGAUUUUGUCGACGUAAACAAAAAAAGAUUUGUUAUUGUUUUGUCAACUGUAAAGAAUACAUAACCCAAAAAUGCUAUGAGCUUUGUCAUGUUCCUAAUUGGAUUUAAUCCGUCUUUUAAUGAAGAAUGUAAGUAGUCUUUGUAGUGUAGCGAAAUGUACCUUUCAAAACACGAGUGAAAGUGGGUCUACAUAUUCUCAACCAUUUAAAGUUAUCGAUAAAUCUCACACUUCAAACACGGUCUCAAAUAUGUAAUGACCCACCUUUACUCUUGUUAUGAAAUAUACUAUAUCCCCACAUUGAAAACAACUGUUUCCUCUGCAGUAUGACAAAAUAGUUAAUUUCGUCACUAGGGCCCAAAGUGAUUCUUUUUGUGCUGAGCUCUAGUUCACAACCAAGAUGAAGCCAAUGUUGUGAAAUGAGCAUGGGUUGAAAAUAGGCUUUUGACCAUGUGAUGAACUAUAAUAUACAACAUACUACAUUGUUGUUUAAGCCAAAUAAUUCAUAGAACGUAUUUUUUGUAAUUUUUUACCGGUACCUUAAAUAGUCAACUAACAAAUGAUAACCUUCUUGUGUUGCUAUUGCAAACAGCUCUUACGUGACGGCAUGCCUCUUCAUGCACUGCAACUAACUUCCAGCUGUUACGUAUCACUUAAGCCGCCAUAUCUCGGUUAAUAUUCGUCCAAUCUUAAAGAUUAAGGUGUCAAUCGAUUUAUAAUUCAAUUGCCUUAAAAAAGUUAUUCUUGUAAAAUCAACAGUUUUAGAGUUAUUUAAAAAACAAAAUUAUAAAUGGCCGCCAUUUUGUUUUAUGAAUUUGGAAAAUUGUCAUAAGUUUUUUGUAGUUUUCUCUAGUUUUUAUAAAUGUCUGUGCAAAGUUUUAAUUUUGUAUGUUUAAGCACUUUUCAGAAAAAAAUUAAUAAGUGAAAAAAACAAAUGUGAGUAACUAAGGACUUCCGGACAAUUUAAAUAUGAUAUUUAGAUAUGUUUAUUACCCAGGAACAAUGCCCUAAAAUAUUAGUAGAGAGUUCCGGGACACCCUGUAUAUGUGAUUCCGCCAACACAAUAAUAAUAACACAAUCAAAUGUUUAUAAUUACAUAGUACCAUAUUUGUAAGGACUAUUUUCAAUGGCAAAAUCAGCAGAAGAAUGUUAUACAUAUAAAAAUGUGACUCCAGCUGAUUAUUUAUCUUCAUUGGGGGAAAGAGAGAUUCUUUAGCCCGCUACGCAAAUAUUAAAAAAUAGCCGUUUUUUCUGUAGUAUGACAAAAAAACUUAUCCUGACAUUCCAGGGUCAGAUUGCAAAACACGUUUUAACAAUAGUAAUGGGAAAUGUCUGCAAAAAUUUUAUAAAAUUAACUACAUAAAUUUGCCAUUAACCAUCCAUGAAUUAAAGCUCAGUGUGAUUACGGUAUUAAAUAGUUUAUGUUACGAUGUAAACGUGUUUGGUAUAGUGAGCUAUUUUGUUGCACAAUUGUUUCCUCAUUCAGUUUUACAAUAGUCAUCACUUGUACAGUUUGUUGUUUUUUUGCUUGUAUGUGAUAAAGUUGUGAUCUUUGAGGUGCCACUGUUUGAAUGAAAUAUAUUUAGUUAAACUGC